GAAAUUUCUCGCUACGGCUUAUGACUCGGGAUCCUCUUUUCCAUCAGCUAGAUAGACUGACGCGUGGUAUUAUAACUCCAAUCCAAUACAUCCGAACCAAUCAUGUGAAUUCUCACCUAAUCGGCCGAUUGGGUUUAGAAACAAGUCUCCAGGGUCAUCAGGGUUGUGUGAAUUGUCUCGAGUGGAACGAACGGGGAACCCUUUUGGCCAGUGGCUCAGAUGAUUGUUGUCUCAUCUUAUGGGACCCGUUCGAUCACAGAAGCGUAUUUACGAUGAACACCGGUCAUGUGGGCAAUAUUUUCUCUGUCAAAUUCAUUCCAAACUUAAACGCAAGUUUUUUUUGCCAUUUUAUUGACAAUCUUAUCUGUCUUCAGGAGUACCUCGUUGUGACAGGUGCGGCAGAUGCAAAGAUACAUGUGCACGAUAUCACUCGUAUGGAGACACGUCACGUGUUUUCAUGUCACUCGGGUCGAAUCAAGCGUCUCGCCAAUACACCUUCAGAACCCUUUCUGUUUUGGUCCGCGGCGGAAGAUGGCACUGUUCGACAGUUUGAUCUUCGAGACCCAACCCAGGCGAGUUCCGCAAAACCAUGCAACGUACUGGUCAACUUACAUCACCACAUUGGUUCUUUCGCUGAAGCCAAAUGCUUAGCAUUGAAUCCCCUUCGACCGGAUAUGUUGGCGGUGGGCAGUAAUGAUCCGUACGUGCGUCUUUACGACAGGAGGAAGAUCACACUAACUUCAGUUGGCCAGCCUAUGCGGUUGCGUGAACAACGUCGUUUCCAACAGAGUGCGACUGAGGAGGUGAAUGAAAUGGUUGAAGUGCAUUUCGACAGUGUCCGCUAUUUUGUUCCUGGGCAUUUGCCUUCCAAGGAGGUCUCAUAUCGUCGCUGCUUUCGACAUGUUAAUGUAACCUGUGUCAGCUUCAGUCCAGAUGGAACGGAGUUGCUGGCCAAUAUGAGCGGAGAUCACAUUUAUUUAUUCAACCUGAACAAAUCCAAACAACCAUACAAAUGCAACUAUGCUCGACAGAUGAGAUCGCCAACAGAUGGUCUUGUGUGGUCUGCCUCCGGUUCGGAACGUCGCCUGACCACUACUGUCAACGUAGUCUCUGAUGAUUCCGGUCGUUGUCGGUAUACCCCAACAACACAACAUUGCCCAUUGUGCACACCAUGCGUCAGUCUUGAAAAAGCGUCGCUUCAAGCGGCCAUCCUGGUAAAAGCCAAAGCAUUCGUGUCGGCUGUACGAGCCUACAAUGACUAUAUCCAGCGAUGGCCAGGCGAUCCGCAGCUAUACACGGGACGCGCUACGGCUCUUUUGAAACGUGGCUGGAAUGGCGAUGUAUACAGUGCACUGUUAGACUGUCAUACCACUCUGAGCCUGACUGAGGAAAGUGCAGGUCUGGAAAAUGCUGAUGUUGCUCACGAUACCCAAACACCGGCCACUUGUCGUCGGUCGCGUGACUGUAUUCGUGUGACAGCUCUACUGCUUUCAGUCCGUUGUUUGCUGCGUUUGGAUUGGGUACGUGAGGCGCGUUUCACACUCAACAAGGUCAAAGAACAGUACUCCUAUUUGAUUGAAUCACCCGCGUCCCCGAAGGCACCUGUCACCGAAGCCGAGUCCAACACAUUUCCACCAGUUCAAACUUUGAACGGCACCAAAGCAGCCAGUAACAGUCCAGUAACAGCUAGGGAUCACGUCAAAGAAGAGUCUGCCAUACACAAGUUUUUCCAAUUAUUGGAUCUAGAAGUUCGCGCGAAAGAGAAGGAGCUCGAAAAGAUCCAACAGCGGAUGCGGUUUCGUGAAACGAAGGCGAACGAAGAUGGUGUCAAACCCGACAGUCAACGUACCACCCCUCCACAUGGAGUUUCUCGGUCCCGUACGCCAGAUUCACUUGACCAAACUGUCAAUCGUGACCAGCGUACAGCUAUGCCAGACGGCGAAUCGAACUCACCGUCUGAGGCCAUCCUUGGAUCGGAACCGGAUCUCCCGGAUGUUCAGAUACGUCGCGAUGUGGACGACAGUUGGACUCCUCUGUGGUUCCGUUCCCGUGAUGCAGAUCGUGACGAUGAUAACAUCAACUCCCUCCCCACAUGCUCCUGUAUAGUAUGUGUCACUCAACGUUGCAAAUAUGACAACACAACCGAGUCCACAUGGCGCUCACAAGCGUCGGACUACACCAAACGAUUUCUCGGACACUGCAAUGCCAUUACAGACAUCAAGGAAGCCAAUUUCUUUGGAGGUAAUGGCCAAUACAUCGUUGGUGGUUCUGAUUGCGGUUCCUUCUUUGUCUGGGAUCGCGAGACUACGAACACUGUUCGAAUCCUGGAGGCAGAUGGAUCAACCGUGAACUGCGUUCAGCCUCACCCCUCUGUAUGCCUCCUAGCCAGUUCGGGCAUUGACUCUGUUGUCCGACUAUGGUCACCCAGAUCCGAAGAUGACCCAAACCAGUCACGCGUAGUGAAAGAUCAUAUUGGAGCUGCAGAACGUAAUCAGCGACGAUCCAUCGCAGACCCGUUGGAACUGGUGCUACUAAACAUGGGCUACCGUGUACCUGGUCUUGACGCUGGUUUUACCGGACGAAGGAGACAUCGUCGAGGACGUCAUUCCAACGAUCGUGCGCGACAACAGCGGAGAGACAGACAACGGUCCUCUAGCUCUAGUCAACAAGGUGACGAAGUGGAUUUUCUCAUGGAUGUGAGUACGGCAGCAGAGCAUCGUGUACAAGAUGGCGAUGACAUCAGUACCGCGGCUGCAGAGGAAGACUACAGUAAUCCUGGUGACCUGGAGGAUCUCCCGGAAAUCCACGGCGCCACCGUAUUUUCCACGGAUCCUCUACUCACUCCAACAACAGGAGAAGUAAACGGUGUAAGCAGGCCAGCUGAAGCCGAAACUCAUUUGUCCAGUUCAAAUGAACGAAGCCCCGAACAGCAUAGGCAUCUCAGACAUCAAGGUCGUGGUCGUGGUCGUGGUGGUUCUGGACGAGCGGCCACAAGAUUGUCUGGUGCUGCACACCAUCGACAUAAACGCUUACGAAGUGAUCCCACUUCGUCUCUCCAACCUCCAGUAGUAUUCAGUGCUUUUGACGAGGACUCGUCUGAUUCCAUUUCGGAUGCCGAACUAUCUGGCUCAACUCGCACCGAGACAGACGGUUCACUACGCGAGUGGCGCAUAGACUCCUCAGGGUCCACCGGUAUUGCAUACGCGCGCACACGGUCCGGGACUCCUUUUGUCGCUCUCCACUCUGUACUACACAAUGGGGAGCACUUCGUUGUCUACGGGACUGCUUCUUCGGACGGAUCAGCAUCCACUGACCGGCCAGAUGUGAGCAACCCACAGGGCACAUCAGGUGCUGAUCCAACCACUCAGUCUGGGGAUGCAGAUGAAAACGCUGUGGUUGAGCUACCUUGCACGAUGAGUUGAGCUCUGGGAUCGAUCACAAGCGGGAAACGCAGUCCAUCGCAACUCAACGUCGCACCCAUUUUGCUAUGACGGCAUGUCGAUCUUAUGAUUGCUUCUUCCCACGAACUUUCAUGAUUGCUACUCCCUUUCGAUUGGUGUUGUGACGCGAGGUGGCGGCGAUACUUUUCGCGAACACUUAUCAAUUUGGACAGAUGUUCAGAUUCCCAUGUGCGCUUUUCCGGCACGUUAAUGAUUGUCGUUAUGCUCACCUUACGAUUAGAGGAGAACUGGAUUUAUCCUGGCACAAGCGAGGUUUCAGUCCCAAACUCAUUACUUCAAGUUGCUUUUAAUAAUCAGCCGUGAUUUUUCUUUUGGCGCCUUGGUCACCUUUGAGUUAUUGGCGCUCUGUUCACGUUUUGAUGUUUCAUAUCAGGCCAGAUGUACGUGCGCUCAUCUACCUAUUUACAUACUUUCGCAGUGAACGGGCUCUGGUCACCUGUUUUUUCCAUUAUUUUCUUUCUUACGGUUGAUUCGUUUUAGUCCGUCAAGCCCCUGGACCCGUGCAGAGAACUUAGACUGCUCAGUAAAUUUAAUGCACCCUAACACUGUCUCAUUCCGUAUUUGUCUUGCAUUCUGUGUACGAACCGUGGCUG